ACGUAAAUUUCCCAGCAUUCCAUUCCAACUUCCUUUUCCGCCAUUUUUCAGACAGCGAAGGUUUUUCCGUGCCUGGAAGAAGACUCGAGAUGCCAGGAAGACUGUGGAGCAAGGCUAUCUUUGCCGGGUACAAGCGUGGCCUGAGGAACCAGCGUGAGCACACCGCCCUGCUCAAGGUGGAGGGAGUUUACACAAGGGAGGAAGUUGACUUCUACCUGGGCAAGCGCUGUGCUUAUGUCUACAAGGCCAAGAAGAACACAGUGACGCCUGGUGGCAAGCCCAACAAGACGCGGGUAAUCUGGGGCAAAGUCAUGCGCGCUCAUGGCAACAGUGGAAUGGUGCGGGCCAAGUUCAGCAGUAACCUCCCCGCAAAGGCCAUGGGACACAGAGUCAGAGUGAUGCUGUACCCGUCUCGUGUGUAAUUUACUGUUUGUGUACAUACAUUAAACAACUCAGUUCCACAA